AUGGCGGCCUCGGUGUUACUGGGGUCUGCGGAAAGCACCGGACUCAACUUCACGGUCGGAGCCGGUGGCAAUGCUAUCCUCGGAAACUCUAAUGGACUGGGCCAGACGGGCCCAGCGUCCUGGAACCGCUCCCUGGACCGGGCGCUGGAAGAAGCGUCGGUUAGCGGCUGUCUGAACCUCAGCGGCAGGAAGCUGAAGGAGUUUCCCCGGAGCGCCGCCAACCACGACCUGACCGACACCGUCCGGGCCGACUUAGCUCUGGCGUCCGUCUGUCCGUCCUGCUCCAGUCGGAACCAGCUGUCCGUCCUGCCGGCCGUCGUCUGCAGCCUCCCUCUGAAGGUUCUGAUCGCCUCCAACAACAAACUGGUUUCUCUGCCAGAGGAACUGGGCCAGCUGAGACACCUCACUGAGCUGGAUGUGAGCUGUAACGAGAUCCGGACGUUACCGUCCCAAGUGGGUCAGCUGGAGGCUCUGAGAGACCUGAACAUCAGGAGGAACCACCUAGUCCGACUCCCUUCAGAGCUGGCUGAGCUUCCUCUGGUGCGCCUCGACUUCUCCUGCAACAAAGUGACAUCCAUUCCCGUCUGCUACCGCGGCCUGACCCAGCUGCAGGCCAUCGUCCUGGACAACAACCCGCUGCAGAGCCCGCCCGCACAGAUCUGCAUCAAGGGGAAGGUCCACAUCUUCAAGUUCCUGAACCUGGAGGCCAGUAAGACCACGCCGGAGCUGCCCGAGUUCGACAGGAGACCUCUGACCUCCUGUGUUGACGAGGCGUAUCCAGGGCGACCGUACGGUGCGCUGGACUCGGGCUUCAACAGCGUGGACAGUGGAGACAAGCGGUGGCUGGGCAACGAGGUUUCAGAGGAACCGUCAGAGCUGCUGGUCAGAGAUCAGAGGCGAGCCGGACCAGGAGGACACGUGCUGCCCAACGGGACAUCAGAUGGGGAGCUGGAGCAGAUAGACUUCAUCGACAGCUGUGUGGAGGAGGAAGAGGAGGGGAAGCGCCGUUCAGGAGGAGCAGACCGGAGCAGCCUCAGCUCUCAGUUCAUGGCGUACAUCGAGAGACGCAUCACCAGGGAGGGUUCCCCAGUGAAGAACAGCUUGGCUCGGGCGGAAGACAUGAAGAGACACAGCAGAAACAUGGCCGACGGCGUCUUGGUGACUUCGAGCUCCCAGAGUCAGAGAGCUGGUUCUGGUUCUGGUUCUGGUUCUGGUUCUGGAGGUGUGGAGAGGAUAAGAAGGGAGGCUCAGCUCGCCGCGCUGAGGUACGACGAAGAGCGGCAGAAGAACCGUUCUCUGCAGAGAGACAGCGUCACCAGCUACUCCAAGCAUAAAGCAGCUCAGAGCCCAUCCAAGUCCAGUCCAGAACCUGAGAACGUCUACCCCUCCAGGCGCUCCACCCACACAGAUGACUCCGCCCUCAUCAUGCAGGGGGAGGACAGAGGCACCUUGUCUCCUACAGCCAAUCAGUCACCUUCGUACCCCGGCUCAGGAGGCGGGGCUUCCAGUCGGACGUCCAGCCUGCGGCCGGAGAGCUUCCUGUAUCGCCUCGGUCAGAGGGACGAGAAGAGAAAAGGGGACGCCGUCGCUGCGCUGCCUCAACCCAAGGAGGAAGCUCCUGCUGCUCCUCCUCUGGUAGGCGAAGACGCAGCGCUGGUGGAGCAACUCAGAAAGAACAUCGAGGCCCGACUAAAGGUGGCGCUGCCGAGCGACCUGGGCGCCGCCCUGACGGACGGCGUGGUGCUGUGCCACUUGGCCAAUCAUGUGAGGCCGCGCUCCGUCCCCAGCAUCCACGUCCCGUCCCCCGCUGUGCCUAAGCUCACCAUGGCCAAGUGUCGCCGCAACGUGGAGAACUUCCUGGAGGCGUGUCGCAGGAUCGGAGUCCCACAGACUAAGUUGUGUCUUCCGCUCCACAUCCUGGAGGAGCGAGGGCUCCCCCAGGUGGCCGGCACGGUCAGGGCGCUGCUGGACCUGGCUCCGCCCAAGCAGUCCGUCUCCACGACGACGGCAAUGCCACCUGGGCCCUCCGUCGUCAUCUAGCCGCUGCACGCGCUCAGUCGGCCUCCUGUGACAACCAAUCAGAGCUCGCCGAGUUCCCACAGCCAGAAACGAGUCGUUGUGACGCUGUUCAGGAAGCUGUGUGGCGUAUGGAAGCCCAUCAGUGCCAGGAAGUUAAAAUCAGGAGUUAUAAAUGAAAACGUCGAUAAUG